UUCAGCUGUUUUGAAAGGUUUCUGAUGCUCUCGCAUCAAUUGGGGAUCAUAUUUCACAUAAAUAACAGUUUGGUAUCAGGAUCGCUAAAUACCACUAAAAAUAAAUCUGACAAACAGACUGUAACCUCAGUGGGGACGUCUACACGUUUCCCAGGAGCCUCUGAGAGAGACAUGGAUGCUUUUGAGGGAAUUCACAGCGUCCGGAUUUCUUCAUCUCCCCCGUCUUCUACAGCAGCCGCUCCAGGGUACGAAGUCGUCAGGGCAGGGAGAUCUGGAAUAGCGGUGUAUUCCUCUGCAGUGUUCUUCGGGACACCUGAUACCGUCGGGAGGCCAGCCGACAGACACGAGUCCAGCAGGGGAACUGAGGAGGAAGGCUGCAUUGUUGGACGGUUGGUAGAUCUGGAUCCAGAGCCCAAGUCCAGACUGGAGGGAGGAGGCAAGGCUGGGCCCCCCUCUGGCAGAGACCAUGGUGACCUCUCCCGGCUUCGCAGCCUCUCGCUGGAGAUCAAAGAAAAACAAAUUAGAGAAAAGGGCUGUGAGAUCCUAGAGGAACAGCUGGAUGCUGCGAAGAAGGAACUGAAAUUAAAGGACAAGGAGUGUGAGCGUCUGUCGCAGGUCAGGACUCAGCUGGAGCAGGAGCUGGAGGAGCUGACUGCCAGCCUGUUCGAAGAAGCUCACAAGAUGGUGUACGAAGCCAACGUCAAACAAGCUGCAGCGGAGAAGCAGCUGAAGGAGGCUCAGGGAAAGAUCGAUGUUCUGCAAGCCGAAGUGACAGCGCUCAAGACUCUGGUGCUGACUUCGACGCCAUCUUCGCCAAACCGCCAGCUGCAUCCACAGCUGCAGCCGUCGGGCUCCAGGGGGGCGUGCAAACAUGUCGGAGGCCACGUCCGCAACAAGAGUGCAAGCGGUGCCUUUCCAGCUUUACCUGGACAACCAGAACCUUCUUCGGCUUGCAUUCCGCCUGCGGCCAAGGAGGACCGAGAGAUGGACUCUGUUCUGUACGAAGAGUUUUUGCUGUGGAAGGAGAAUCCAGGUGUAGAGCGCUCGUCCACCUUCUUGAGUCGCAUCCACACAGAAGACAUCGGACCCUGCCUCUCCUUCACCAAAUCUGAGCUGUCGCAGCUGGUGCAGAGUGCGGUGGAAAACAACUCGUUGACCAUCGAGCCGGUGGCCAUGUCGGCGGUGCCGAUGGUCAAAGCCUCCGCUGUAGAGUGCGGGGGCCCGAAUGGCUUUAGGGCCGGAAUAGAGACAAAAUGUGCAUUAAGCGGCAUGUCGCGCCUCUGCAGACAUCGCAUUAAACUUGGCGACAAUGGGAGCUACUAUUACAUCUCUCCUUCCAGCCGAGCACGGAUCACCGCUGUUUGCAAUUUUUUUACUUAUAUCCGCUACAUCCAGCAGGGCCUGGUGAGACACGAUGCGGAGCAGAUGUUCUGGGAGGUGAUGCGUCUCCGCAGGGAGAUGACUGUGGCCAAGUUGGGUUUCUACCUCACUGACCUGGGCUAGACGACCUGACACGGCACAAAAGGGCCGCGCAAUCCCAGGACCUUGGUUGUUCAAGGUCAGGGUUAAGCUGUGGUGAUUAACUGUUGUUUGAUCAGUUUGUGUAGCUGGAGUUGUACAGAAUUAGUGUUGCAGCAGAGGUUGAUCAACAAGGGAAGUAGAAAACGUUCAUGUGCCACUUUUAUGCCAUUUUGAGCAGCACAGCUAGAAAGAAGUAAAACAUGACAUGACUUUAAUCACUGUGGUAUUCCCCGAUAUGUCAAAUACAUUUUCUGUUAUAGUGCAAGCAUCCAGAAACUGAGAAUCUGAUGUGACUUUUUCUGAACGUCCCCAGCGGAGUACACACAACUUCUCAUGUUAACACAAAUAGACCAAGUUUAAUGCUCAAGCCGUUAGUCUGUUGAAAAUGAGCACAAAAAAGGAGCAGAGGGUGGCCUCUUACCUCAAGUAUCACAUACUUGUAUGAUAUAUAAGUAUGAUAUAUAAGUAAUAUUGUCAAUCUCCGUGGGAAUAUUCCAUGGGCUUUCCAUAGAACAAUUAUUUGGGUUGUUUUUUUUUUAUUACUUAAAUAGAAUGCUCACCAGCAUCUCCUGAUGUCGGCUUUUGGUUCUAAUGCUGUUGAUGCACUACUUGUUCUCGAUGCCUUGUAAUAACACAUAGGUCAGUUUCAUGUAAGUGUGACCUAAACUUCUUAAUCAAAAAUAGUGUCAAUGUCAAUACAAUAUAGUCAGAAAAUAAAUGUGCUUCAAUAGAAGUGAUUACAAUAUGCACAACUGUUGUUUUGCACCUUUUGCAAUGAACAGUAUGUACAUAUAAAAGCCAUAACUGAC